AAGAAGCUUAUGUGGGGGAGAGAUUCGGCGUAUUGGCGUGUGAGCUGUGUCGUUUCGGUUGGGUCGGGAGAUGGAGCCGGAAGCCCGGGGAACUCUUCUCGAUCCGGCGGCGGCGGAGUUCCACCCGGCGGCGAGCAGCCGGUUCGCUGUCGUUGCCCAUCCGCUGCAGUUUUACUUCCCUUACCGUCAUCCUCCUCCUCAACCGCCGCCUGCCGUAGCGGUGACACUUGUAGCGCCUCCAGAGGCGGCUAGUAGAGCGGUGGUGCUGAACAUGGUGCCGCCGCAAGUGGGCGAGGCGGAGGUGAGGGCGGCGAUGGAGCCGUUCGGCGGUGUGCAGGCCGUGGACACGGUGGCGCUGACAGCGCAGGGAAUCGUCACCGUCCACUUCUACGAUCUGAGGAGCGCGCAGGCGGCGGUGAUGGCGUUCCGCGAGCACCCCGCGACGCGGCAGCACUUCCCCGCCACCAUCACGGGGAACCUUGCGUGUCCAUGGGGAUGGCUCAGCGACGGCGUGGGAGGCCGCGGACUGACCGGAUGGCCGGCGGUUUCGGCUCAGUUUGCAGCCUCCGGCCUCGACGAACCUAACCAGGGUUCCAUCUUGGUGCUUAAUUCGGACCCGACCGUGUCCUGCGCUGCUCUCAGACAAAUCUUUGAAGCCUUCGGAGCUGUGAAGGAAGUGAGGGUGAUGACAUCGAAGCAACACCACUUGCUGGUGGAGUUCUACGACAAAAGAGACGCCGCUCGCGCCCUCUCCGAGCUCCACGGCAAAGAGGUUCAUGGAAGGCGCUUGGUGCUCCAAUUCGGAGCAACCGGAAGCCAAACAAGAAGUGUUUACUUUAUGAACAGCUUUCCAUUGCCUCCGAGGCUUCUGCGAGGUAACCCAAAGGCCAGUCGAUGGAUUCGGAGCGGUCCUAAGCCUCUGUCGUCUUCCUCUCCUGGUAAAGAAUUCCGAGAAGUUGAGAAUCCAUCGGCGUUGCUGAAGAACAGCAGUGCUUGCGAUGCUCACGACAGUGCGGGCAUCGUGGAAAGAAGGAACAGAAGGGUGAGCGAGUGCAGCAAGAACGAGUACCCAUCACCACCACCAUCAUCGAACGUGCAUCAUCAUAGAACGAACAGCAGUUGGAAGACUCAUCAGAAGAAAGAAGGCGAUUCCAAGUUUCUCUUCAAGGAAGUGCAGCCGGAAGAAUCACGCCCAUCCUCUCGUAGUGAUUCCAGAACCACGGUGAUGAUCAGAAACAUCCCCAACAAGUACAGUCGGAAGCUGCUUCUGAACAUGCUGGACAACCACUGCAAGCACUGCAACGAGCAGAUUGGCGAGGAAGAUGAUGAUCCCAUCUCCGCCUACGACUUCGUCUAUCUUCCCAUCGAUUUCAACAACAAGUGCAACGUCGGCUACGGGUUUGUGAACCUGACGUCGCCGGAGGCGGCCUUCAGACUCUACAAGGCCUUCCAUCAGCAGCCGUGGGAAGUGUUCAACUCGCGAAAGAUCUGCCAAAUCACCUACGCUCGGUUGCAGGGCUUGGAGGCUCUAAUGGAGCACUUCCGGCACUCCAGGUUCGCGUGCCACGACGACGAGUACAUGCCGGUGGUCUUCUCUCCCCCACGAGACGGGAGGCAGCUCACCGAUCCCGUCCCGGUCGCCGGCGGGCGUGAAGCCACUGCAAGAGGAAACAACUUGGCCGAUGGAGCGUUAGUGGCGCCGGCGGAAGUCGACCGGUGCGCGGCGUCCUCGACGACUGCCUCAACCUACGCGCCGCCUGAUCACGGAGGCGCCGGCGACAGCGACGAGGCGUGACCGAGGAUGGUGGGCGAAGCGAAACUCUGCAAGAGUCAUCCUUGAUAUCCUGGCGCUUCCUCGCAGAGCUGGUAGCCAUCUCUCUCUAUGUUGUAUUAGGAAGUAUGGAGAAUCUAAGCUUUGGGAUGCUUCUACAGUGACUGUAUCAAGGAUUUAGUGGUAUUAAUCAUUUAUCAUCUUGAGAUAAAUUUCCCUUGAGCCAAUCGAGCUGGGAAGAGGCAUUUCUUGUGCCCAACUUGUCGGUGCAGCGUUUACCGCCCGGCAAAACUCGAUGCUGGCUGGGGGGGCUUUUGAUGCCUCCAA